UCUAUUGUUGCAAAUGGCCAUAAGGUAAGUGGUGACCGGCUCUCCCAGUCUCGCCACACUGUCAGCCGAGCUUUGAAAAGUAAGAUGGAUAGGCCUUAUUUUCACCCGCUCACCGUGUCUUCUCUCACCGUAGGUUUACCCGUAGAGCCCAUUGGCGAAGAGGUGUCACGUGACUACGUUGAGCCAAUGUUCUUCUACAAAGGUGUCAGGACCUUGUCAGAAAGUGAAAUAAACAUUGGGAAACGGCGAGAUGCAAAAGGCAACCUACUGCGACGGCUCGGCAAUUUACAGUGGCCUCCCUUAUCAAAGCGCAAACGGUUUAGGUUAUGAUGCCAGUCAGCAGCAGUAUCUCCAGGCCCUUCAUGCGGAAAGUGAGUACCAUCGACCGGCCUGCUCUCUGCAGUCCCCUGGUAUAUCUGCAGGUCUGCACACAUCCAAUGAAAUGUCCGAGGUCUGCCAACAAAUUAACGGAACACAAGCUACAGUAACAGACACCUCCGACAACAAACAGCCCCCUACUGCCCCUUCUGGACCAUCGUCCCCCAGUUCCCUGAAUCAAAUUCCAAACAUUGAUUCCGCCGCCAAGAAUCCAGUCCACGUAUCACCAACACCAUCCACAAGGAAACACAUUUUCCCUUGGAUGAAGGAGUCCCGUCAGAACACAAAGCAGAAAUCCUGUAGUAUCAUUUCAGUAGAGAGCUGCGCUAGACAAAAGUCCCCUGGUUCGGCCGCCUCUAAGCGCGCACGUACUGCAUACACAUCUGCUCAACUCGUGGAGUUGGAGAAAGAGUUCCAUUUUAACCGUUACCUCUGUCGACCACGACGAGUAGAAAUGGCAAAUCUGCUUAACCUGACGGAAAGGCAGAUUAAAAUAUGGUUCCAGAAUCGCAGGAUGAAGUACAAGAAAGACCAGAAGGGGCUUGGAAUGAUGCCAUCUCCUGGAGCACAGUCUCCUCACAGCCCAGUAUCCUUGUCAUCCGGGGGCGGAGGAGGGGGUGGAAGUGCAUAUUUAAGUUCAAUGCAUUCUUUGGUAAACAGCGUAACCUACGACUCACCCUCUCCACAUUAUAACAAACCUCAAUCUAAUACAUACAGCCUUCCUACGUCAUAUCCUCCUCUGAACAACUGCCCGCCUCCACAGAAGCGGUAUCAGGGAACUGGUACAGCCACUCCAGAAUACGACACGCAUCAUAUACAAGGCAACAACAAUUACGGAACGCAAGUGCAGGGCAGCCCUGUCUAUGUCAGUGGCGGUGGAGGUUACUCGGAUUCUUUGGUGGGUAUGGGGGCCUCGGUUUUUGGCCUGACGCACCUACCGCAUCCAUCUCAAGGCAAUAUAGACUACAAUGGCGCUAUUACCAUGGGAAACAGCCAUCAGCAAGGAGCAUGCGAUUCAAACCCAUGCACAUUCACAGACUUAACACCACACUAUUCUCAGGGAAGAAUUCAGGAAGCACCCAAACUGACGCAUUUAUAGUGGCGCAGUGUAUU